GCAGCCCGGACAGCAGAGGGAAGGGCACACGCGCCGCCGGAAGGAGCCGUACGCUUCUUGGCCCUUCAGGUCCAAGCACUUGGGGUCGCGAGGGGCAAUGGAGAGUUCUGAGGCUGACCCUGCGGAUGACACUUCCAUGGACGCUUUCCUGGAUAAGUUCCAGAGCCAACCUUACCGCGGCGGCUUCCGCGAGGACCAGUGGGAGGAGGAAUUUGACAAGAUCCCCCUAUUUAUGAAGAAAGCACCAUCAGAAAUAGAUCCCAAGGAGUUCCCUGACUUGGCUUGCCUUCAGUCAAUUAUUUUUGAUGAUGAGCGAUCUCCAGAAGAGCAAGCCAAGGCCUAUAAAGAUGAAGGCAAUGAUUAUUUUAAAGAAAAAGACUAUAAGAAAGCUGUGGUUUCAUACAGUGAAGGAUUAAAGAAGAAGUGUGCAGACCCUGAUUUGAAUGCUAUCCUUUAUACCAAUCGGGCCGCGGCACAGUACCAUCUCGGCAAUUUCCGCUCUGCUCUCAACGAUGUGCUGGCUGCCAGGAAGCUGAAGCCCGGCCACCUGAAAGCCAUAAUAAGAGGUGCCAUUUGCCAUCUUGAACUGAAACACUUUGCCGAGGCUGUGAACUGGUGUGAUGAGGGGCUACAGAUUGAUGCCAAAGAGAAGAAACUUCUAGAAGUGAGGGCAAAAGCAGACAAGCUGAAGAGGAUGGAAGAGAGGGAUCUGAGGAGGGCAAAGUUGAAAGAAAAGAAGGAACAGAGACAGAACGAGGCUCUACUCCAGGCUGUCAAGGCUAGGAACAUCAGGCUUGUCUCUGAAGCAGUGGUUAAGGAUGAAGAUUCAGCCUCCAAUGGUCCAGCUGAGAUCCUCCUGGAUGGGCUCAGCUCUGAGAACCCUGGUGGAGCCAGGCUAAGUCUAAAUAAUCAAGGCAGGCUGAGCUGGCCUGUGCUGUUCCUGUACCCAGAGUAUACGCAGUCUGACUUUGUCGCUGCCUUUCAUGAGGAUUCCAGGUUUAUUGACCAUCUCAAGGUGAUGUUUAGUGAAGCGCCCUCCUGGGACUCAGAGCAGAAAUACCACCUGGAUAAUUUGGAGAUCUACUUCGAGGAUGAGGAUAGGGCAGAACUAUACCAGGUGUCCCCCUGGAGCACUCUGCUGCAGGUGCUGCAGCACCCCAGGUACGCGGUGAAGGCCCUUACACCAACAUUCGUGGUCUGUGUAGGAUCUUCUCCUUUCUCUAAGAAUUAUCUUCAGGGGAAAAGGGUACACAGGUAAAGUGGGAGCCAGACCCUGGGGUUUCCUCCCUCAGCUUCCUCUGCCUGGAGUCUACACACUUGGAUCAGCCAGACAGACCUGGAGUUCAGCAUUUCUCUGUCCCCAGGGACAGUGGUUGCUAGCCUCAUGCUGGGGACAAGCUGCUGGCCUCCCUGAACCUCAGCCUGUCUGACUGAGUGCCGAGUUCCAGCUGGGCCUCACCCUCCUCAGAUUCACAGCUCUGUCUUGGUCAGAACAGCCUUGGAGUCCAUCGCUGAAGGAGCAUCUGCUGCAGUUGUCCCACGAGCUGGCCUUGGUGACUCCCUGGCCUGUAGAUUGUGUCAGGGCGCAGCAACAGUCUUAACCUUUGUGGCAUCGGGCAUGUACAGAAUGUCCUCCAAGGCAGUAACCAACCCUGCAUAGUAUUCUAAGGCUGUAGGGCUGAGACUGAGUCUGACUUUCCACCAGAAUCGGGGAGAGCUAUAAGGGAUGCUGUGGAUGCCAUGAGGUGAAUGGAGCCAUGAAGCCACAUCCUGUUUCUGCGUUAAUGACUGUACAGACUGGGGUCCUCGGGACCAGUUCCCCUGCCCUCCCAGUGUGAGAACUGCAACAGACCAGACAGUAGUUCCCGAAUGCUUCCCCAUUCCCUCAGCUCCAGUCAUGCUCCUGCCUCAGCAGAAGAAUGCUGGGUUAGGGUGUGCACCACAGUACCUGGCUAGUAUGCCUUUUGAUGUGGAAAGUCUUGAUCUGUCGUAGAUAGUUU